UUGCUCGUCUCGUACCACCGAAGAGAAGAAAUACCUUAGUGCCGAACAUUGGCUGAAGUAAUCCCUUCGACAAACUGUUUUAGUCACCAAUCUCCGAAAUGGAUAACACCGUUGCGUUGUACAAGCAGCUCAAAACGGAGUGGACCAAAAGCCCGAUCAAUCUCAAACUAUGCGGAACGAUCCUGGACAAGUUGAAGGUCGCUCUGGUAGGAAUGGCGUACAUUCCGACCGGAAACACCCCCGGCAAUCAGCAGGAGCUGCUUAUCGCAAGAGAUGUCCUCGAAAUCGGCGUCGAGCAUAGUAUUGCCACUAAAAAUAUCCCAGCGUUCGAGCGCUACAUUCUGCAGCUGAAAUGGUUCUACUAUGACUACAACACGCUGAUUGGCGAGUCGAAAAACAAAUACCAGCUUCUGGGGCUAAACUUGCUCUUCCUAUUGUCACAGAACCGAGUGGCCGAGUUUCACACCGAACUAGAGUUACUUCCGGCAGACAUUAUACAAACUAACCUGUUCAUCCGACAUCCUCUUGCGCUGGAACAGUAUGUAAUGGAGGGGCGCUACAACAAAAUUUUCCAGGCUAAAGGUAACGUACCGGCCGAAAGCUACAAUUUCUUUAUCGACAUUUUGCUACAAACGGUACGCAACGAAAUCGCCGUGUGCCUGGAAAGCUCGUACGAGCGCAUCUCGCUGCAGGAGGCCGCCAAGCGGCUCAAUCUCAAAACGAAAGAGGAAGUAAAGCAGUUUGGUGAGAAAAAAGGCUGGAAAAUGAGCCCCGAUGGUUUCUAUCACUUUGUUAAUGAAUUGGCCAAGCCCAAGGAACCGAUUCCGUCACAGGAGUUGGCCGAGCAGGCCAUAACGUACGCUCGGGAGCUGGAGAUGAUCGUCUAGGCGUGGAGAUGUUCAAUCACGAACACAUAACUUCGGUCUGAUUGUAUUUUGUAAUCGGAAUAAAACCAUAGCGUAACAAUUAACAAGAACGUUAACACUUUCGGCCAGCAACGAUGCGAUCAGCGAAGUUACAGUAAGUAGCGGUUGACCGGUAUGAGGCAUUCCAUUUCGUUGCAUUCGAAUAUCCACAGAGGUUUCACUAGCUGUGCUCCACUCGUAGCCGGCAGUGGUCG